AUCUUCAUCAUCUCAUGAAGGACUCUGUAAGGAGAGCAGUGAGGCAAUACAAUAGAUCGGAUACACCGCGCAUUCGAUGGACCGAAGAUCUCCACCGUCUUUUCGUCGAGGCCGUCAAUUGCCUCGGAGGCCAUCAUAAAGCAACUCCAAAGCAUAUACUUCAAUUAAUGGGUGUAAAAGGACUCAGUAUUUCUCAUGUCAAAAGCCAUCUUCAGAUGUACAGAAGCAUAAGCAACCAAAGCUCAAGUCUCACAAUUUUAGUUUCAGAUCAUGAAGUCCUCAACAACUCUUUGUCUGAAGUAUCAUCAGUUGAGGAAGUAGUUUACUUGCGAGACGAAAAUUCUCAAGUCGAUAAACAAUGCGAGUUAACUCUAUCAUCCUCUUAUGAAAAAUAUGAAGACAAUGAGAGAACAAAUAAUCGAAAACUGAUGUCGAAAAGAAAAUAUACCGAUAGUACUAAAUGUAUAAACAAUAGUCAUAUAAAUUUAGAGCUCACAAUUUCAUCACCAAAUUAUUGUUCUUGA